ACUCAUCUUUAAGACAUGUUGCUAGAGAAUUUGGCUUUUCAAAAACAAAGGUACACAAAAUAUUCAAAAAAUACAAGUUACAUCCAUAUAGGGCUGAUCUAGUUCAGCAUUUUGGCCAAGGUGAUAACGAACGUAGAUUAAAAUUUAUUGCAUGGAUAACAACAUGUACAAAUAACGACCCAUUAUUUUUAAAUUACAUUUUGUGGACCGAUGAAUCAAAGUUUACCAAUAAUGGUGUUUUAAAUAAGCAGAAUAACCGUUAUCGGUUAAACGGAAAUCCACAUUGGGCAGUUGAUACAAAUUAUCAAACAGUAUGGGGCACAAAUGUGUGGUGCUGAUUAUUAGGAGGAAAUUUAAUAGGUCCACAUUUUUAUGAUGGUACUCUUAAUGGAAGACGUUAUUCAGAUUUCUUAACUUUGCUACAGACGAUGUUGGAAGAUGUCCCUUUAUUACUUUGUCAAAAAUUAUUUUUUCAACAAGAUGGAGCACCCCCUCAUAAUGCCAUUAUUGUAAGACAACAAUAUAAUGAAAUGUUUGGAAAUCGAUGGAUGGGAACUCACGGGCCAGUGAAAUGGCCCCCACGGUCACCUGAUUUAACACCAUUAGACUUUUUUUUAUGGGGCCAUUUAAAGACUGUU